UGAGGAUUUGGAUGGGGGUGGGAGGGUGGUCGGGGGGGCCACUCUAGGAACUUCUGUUGUGGCCCAAACUCCAGUUCCCACUCUAUCCUUCUUCCUUUCCAGGUCAGGUUCCUGUGGAGAGAGAGAGGGAGGCAGAAGUGGCUAGUUCCCAGAUGUUAUAGGCCCCCAUGGAUACCAUGUUGGAAGCCAGACUUCAAACCCAGCAGAGGAACACCCAGAACACCCAGGAGACCAGUUUGUGGUCCUCAGGCUUUGGGAUGAAGCUGGAGACUGUUACCCCAUUUCUGGGGAAAUAUCGCCCCUUUGUGGGUCGCUGCUGCCAGACCUGCACUCCCAAGAGCUGGGAGUCCCUCUUCCACAGAAGCAUAAUGGAUCUAGGCUUCUGCAAUGUGAUCCUGGUGAAGGAGGAGAACACCAGGUUUCGGGGCUGGCUGGUUCGGAGGCUCUGCUAUUUCUUAUGGUCACUGGAGCAGCACAUACCUCCCUGUCGGGAUGCCCCACAGAAGAUCAUUGAAAACACUGGGGUGCAGAAUGUCAUCUCAGGGAGGGUCCCAGCAGGGGCUGGGGAAGGCCAGGUGCCAGGCCUUGCGAAGAAAGAGGUACAGCGCAUCCUGGGUCAUCUCCAGGCUCCACUCUGCCCCUUCCUGCUCAGGCUGUUCAGCUGGGCACUGCUGCGGUUCCUGAACUGUGUCUUCCUGAACGUGCAGCUCCACAAGGGCCAGAUGAAGAUGGUCCACAAGGCCGCCCAGGCAGGCUUGCCGCUUGUCUUCCUCUCUACCCACAAGUCACUCCUGGAUGGGAUCCUGCUGCCCUUUGUGCUGUUCUCCCAAGGCCUGGGUGUGCUCCGUGUGGCUUGGGACCCCCGCACCUGCUCCCCUGCCCUCAGAGCUCUGCUAAAGAAGCUUGGGGGGCUUUUCUUGCCCCCAGAGGCCAACCUCACCUUGGACAGCUCUGAGGGGGUCCUUGCAAGGGCUGUCGUCCAUGCCGCUAUAGAGCAGCUGUUGGUCAGCAGGCAGCCCUUGCUCAUAUUCCUGGAGGAGCUGCCUGGGGCCCAGGGGCCUCGGCUAUCAGCCCUGGGCCAGACCUGGCUGGGACUGGUAGUACAGGCUGUCCAGGUGGGUGUCGUCCCAGAUGCCAUGCUAGUGCCAGUGGCCAUCACCUAUGACCUGGUUCCAGAUGCACCCUGUGAUAUAUACCACGCCUUGGCCCCACUGGGGUUGUGGACAGGAGCUCUAGCUGUCCUGCGGAGCCUACGAAGCUGGGGCCACAGCCCCAGGGUCUGUGUCCGUGUGCAUCUGGCACAGCCCUUCUCCCUACAGGAAUACACCAUCAACGCCAGAAGCUGCUGGGGCAGCAGGCAGACCCUGGAGCAGCUGCUGCAGCCCAUCGUGCUGGGCCAAUGUACUGUUGUCCCAGACACUGAAAAGGAACAAGACUGGACUCCAGCAACUGGGCUCCUUCUGGCACUUAAGGAAGAGGACCAGCUCCUGGUCAGGAGGCUGAGCCGUCAUGUCCUGAAUGCCAGCGUGACAAGCUCGGCAGUAAUGAGCACGGCCAUUAUGGCUACACUGCUGCUCUUCAAGCACCAGAAGGUAGGGAACGGGAAUGGUAGGAGGCUGAGGGAGGGGUGUGAGCAUCCUGUUCAACUCCUGCACUGCCCUGCCCCCUCCACCCCCCAGGGUGUGUUCCUGUCACAGCUCCUGGGGGAGUUCUCCUGGCUGACAGAGGAGACGCUGCUGCGUGGCUUUGACGUGGGCUUCUCAGGGCAGUUGCGGUGCCUUGUGCAACACACACUGAGCCUGCUACAGGCACAUGUGGCCCUGCUGCACGUCCAGCAGGGGGACUUGCUGGUAGUUCCUCGGCUGGGCCCAGGUCUCACACACCUGGCACGCCUGAGCGCGGAGCUGUUGCCUGCCUUCCUGAGUGAGGCUGUGGGUGCCUGUGCUGUUCGAGGGCUGCUGGCAGGCAGAGUGCCACCUGAGGGGCCCUGGGAGCUACAGGGCAUUGAGCUGCUGAGCCAGAACGAGCUGUACCGCCAGAUCCUCCUGUUGCUGCACUUGCUGCCACAGGACCUGCUGCUGCUACAGCCCUGCCAGUCUUCCUACUGCUACUGUCAGGAAGUGCUGGACCGUCUCAUCCAGUGUGGGCUCCUGGUUGCUGAGGAGACCCCGGGCUCCCGGCCAGCCUGUGACACAGGGCGGCAGCGUUUAAGUGCAAAGCUGCUGUGGAGACCAAGUGGGGACUUUACUGAUAGUGACAGUGAUGACUUCGAGGAAGCUGAGGGCCGGUACUUCAGGCUCAGUCAGCAGUCACGCUGCCCUGACUUCUUCCUUUUCCUCUGCCGCCUGCUUAACCCGCUGCUCAAGGCCUUUGCACAGGCUGCUACUUUCCUCCACCAGGGACAGCUGCCUGAUACGGAGUUGGGCUACACCAAGCAGCUCUUGCAGUUCUUACAGGCCAAUGCCCAGGAGGAAGGGUUCUUUGAGUGUGCAGACCCAAAUCUUGCUGUCAGUGCUAUCUGGACCUUCAGAGACCUGGGGGUGCUACAGCAGACACCCAGCCCUGCAGGCCCCAUGCUCUACCUUUCCCCUACAUUCACCAGCCGGGAAAAUCAGGAGAAGCUGGAACAGUUCAUCCGGCAGUUCAUCUGUAGCUAGAACUGUGCGGGGUGGAGCCUAUGCUGAGACUUCUCAGCCCCAGAACAUGGCUGUGUCCUGGAGCCAGAAGACUGACUGGGGCCGGCGGAGGGGUGCAUACCCUUACCUGAACUAUAAAAUCUUUUGUGCUUCAUUGUCCCUUGCUG